CUUCUCGUUUUUCUCGGCCAGCAUAACCUCUGACCCCGCGGGUUUUCCACGUGGGUCCGCGAAGCAGGAGCUGGAAAACGUGCAGAGCAUGGAACAGAGAUCAGAAAUGAAGAAAGUCAGGGAGAAAACGAAGAGGAAGACGAAGGAAGUGGAGGAAGAAGAGCAAGAUGAACUUUUUGAUAUCAACAACAAAGCUACUGAGAAAGAUGAAGACGACGAUGACCUGUCAGACAGUGAGGACAGUCAAUUUUCUGGACUGGAGGAUUCCGGGAGCGACUCUGAGGAUGAAGAGUCAGACGUUGAAGAGAAAAGUUCCGAUGAUGUGGAGGAAGCUGAUGGAUCAAAUGAUGAUCCGGAUAAACAGAGGCAGCAGACAAAAGUGAAGAACAACAAAAACAAGAAAGGAGCAACUGAAGGAAAACAAGAGAAGAAAGGAGAUGAGUAUGAGCAUGACACCUCGGAUGAGGAGGACAUCAGGAACACAGUGGGCAACAUUCCCAUGGAAUGGUACAAAGACUUCCCUCACAUUGGCUACGAUCUAGAUGGAAAGAAGAUUUUCAAGCCAAUCAGGAACAAGGAUGAGCUGGACGAAUUCUUGGAUAAAAUGGAAAAUCCUGACUACUGGAGGACAGUUCACGACAAGCAGACGGGAAGAGACAUUGUGCUGUCAGACGAGCAGGUGGAUCUGGUCAACCGACUGCAGAGAGGGCAGUUUGGAGACAUCAACUUCAAUGAGUACCAGCCAACAGUGGAGUUCUUCAGUAGCGACGUCAUGAUUCAUCCAGUCACCAACAGACCUGCAGACAAACGGAGCUUCAUACCAUCCCUGAUUGAAAAGGAGAAGGUUUCUAAACUGGUUCAUGCCAUAAAAAUGGGCUGGAUCAAACCAAGACGAGUGCAGGACGACAGCAAAGAGCGCUACUAUGACCUGUGGGCCAAUGAGGAUUCGUCCAUUCUGGCGAAGCACAGGAUGCACCUGCCGGCCCCCAAAUUGCGCCUCCCUGGUCACGAGGAGUCUUACAACCCCCCACCCGAGUACCUGUUCACUGAAGAAGAGAAAGCGCUGUGGGAGCAACAAGAUCCCGAAGACAGAAAGCUGCCAUUUAUUCCCAAGAAGUUCUCCAGCCUCCGUCAGGUUCCAGCAUAUUCCCGGUUCAUCCAUGAGAAGUUUGAGCGCUGCCUGGAUCUUUAUCUGUGUCCCCGACAGAGGAAGAUGAGGGUCAACGUGAAUCCAGAAGAUCUGAUUCCCAAACUCCCUAAACCCAAGGACUUGCAGCCUUUUCCAACAACACAGUCUCUGGUGUAUCGAGGUCACAGCAGUCUGGUUCGCUCCGUCAGCGUGUCUCCAUCCGGACAGUGGCUUGCAUCAGGUAGUGAUGACGGUUCUGUCAGAUUCUGGGAGGUCUGUUCCUCUCGCUGCAUGAAGAUUGUCCAAGUGGGCGGAGCCGUAAAGAGCGUGGCAUGGAAUCCAAACCCGGCCUUGUGUCUGCUGGCUGUUGCUGUGGACUCGACGGUCCUGAUCUUGUCUCCGUCUCUGGGGGACAAACUGGUCAUCUCUUCAUCGGAGCGGCUGCUUGCUGGUUCCCAGGAGGAGAACCCGUCAGAAGGUCCCCAACCUGUGGUCUGGUCUGAGACAGAGGGGGAGGAGCUAAAGGAAGGGAUCCAUCUUAAAAUCCAGCAUCCCAAAGCCGUCCAUCAGGUGACGUGGCACGCUAAAGGAGACUACCUGGCCUCUGUGAUGCCAGACCAUUCCAGUCACCUGCAGGUGUUUAUUCACCAGCUGAGCCGGAGGCGGAGCCAGAACCCUUUCAGGAAAAACAAAGGUCUUGUUCAGUGCGUCGCCUUCCACCCGAUUAGGCCCUUCUUCUUCGUGGCAACGCAACGCUACGUCAGGAUCUACAACUUAGUCAAACAGGAAAUGGCCAAAAAACUUCAGGCCAACUCCAAGUGGAUCUCUAACAUCGCAGUCCACCCUGGAGGUGAUCAUGUGAUCUGUGGGAGUUACGACUGUAAGCUGAGCUGGUUUGACCUAGACCUCUCAACAAAACCAUACAAGGUUCUACGACACCAUAAGAAGGCAGUGAGGAGCGUGGCCUUUCACAAAGGUUACCCGUUGUUCGCCUCAGCCUCUGACGAUGGGACGGUGAUCGUCUGUCACGGGACCGUUUACAACGAUUUGCUUCAGAACCCGCUCAUCGUUCCUGUGAAAGUCCUAAGAGGUCAUGUGAUCACGCAUGACCUUGGGGUUCUGGAUGUAACGUUUCAUCCCACACAACCCUGGAUUUUCUCCUCGGGAGCUGAUGCGACAGUCCGGCUUUUCACCUAGAAAACCUCUCCAAUUGUGUCGGAUCUACAAUAAAGACGGGAUUGCUUUUUUUUAGCAGGAAAUUCAAAAUAUUUGUCCAUUUUCAUAGCUGGAAUAUUAUAGUCUGUUGUUUCUCCACUACAGAAAAUGUGUAAUUUCUAGCAUCAUCAAUGUGUUUGUUUAAUAAAUAGUAAUAUUCUUACUUA